CAUGUUUCCAAAUAUCUGGAUGAUACCAGACCGCUGUGGUCACCGACUCUUUGUUUAGAGCGACAUGUGUUUUGUGCGGAAUGUUUGGUCAUUUUCAAGGUCAGGAUCCGUUACCGUGACCCGCUGUCAGCUGGUGUUGGCAAUAUGACGCUCGAGGAAGCUGCAAUGAAGAAAGAUCCUGGACAGGCUAACCUUGACUCGGUUCUCGUUAGCAAAGCAACGCCGGAGUAUCUACAAGAUCUGCUAAAAGAUAAACGACAGCUACAAAAUUUCCCGAACAUGUUCAUACAUCUAGAAAUCAUUUUAGAGAAAGAAAUUAAUCGCGUCCGAGAGAAGUUAUUUCAUCUCAACGAAUCGUUCAGAAAAACGGAGAAUGAGUUACCUGAACCAUCUGGGGUGAUUACGACAUUGCAGGAGAAAGUGUUUGUUCCUGUUAAAGAAAAUCCUAACUAUAACUUCGUUGGUCGACUUUUGGGUCCACGGGGCUUGACUGCCAAACAACUAGAGCAAGAUCUUGAAUGUAAGAUCAUGGUUCGAGGAAAGGGUUCCCUUCGGGACAAAAAGAAG